AUGGAUGUUCCAUUUUUACUCCGCCGCACUGGGGGUCUGACGAAUCUCCAUCUGGGACUAGCACAUGAGUGGGAGGAGCAAAUGUUCUAUGAGCAUAGUGAUUGUCUUGCGGAGGGACUGGGAUUGGUCAGUUCUACGGUCGAGAGACUUUCUGUUGGUCUUGAAUACCACCCAUGCUACUGUGGCGAAUCUCAUGGCGAUGAUGAGAUGGAGGAAAGGAGGAGCCCAUUGCAUGGGAUUUUGACCCGAUUUACUCGUCUACAAGUGGCAGAGGUGCCUAUUACCUUUCUCCUUGGAUUCAACCCCGACUAUGCAGCCAACCUGGAUGGCUCCGUUUUGCCUGAUACUCUGAGAGAAUCGGUUUUGCGGAAUGAUCUAGUCAAUUUGGCCGGGUUCGAAUGGUAUGACGGCGAUAUCCUUGACUCCAUCAAAAUGUUCUUGACACAUUCAAGACACUCGACACCCCUACUCCGCAAGAUUACAUGUCGGCGAUGGAAACGAAAGUAUAGUGAGGAUUGGCCUGAUGAAGAUUUCCAGAUGCAGCUGGCUUGCAAAGACAUUGGUAUUGAUUUCAACAUUGUUGUUGAUCAUCUUUCGUCUGGUUUAUGGAAUGAACGGAAAUGA